UGUAAACAUGGCAUCGAUUGAAAACAUUGUGAAAGAUACGGGAGAGAUUUAUUCUCGCUUGUUCGACCACCGGCCUGUGAUACAAGCUGAGAUCAAGUACUUUGUAAGAGAGUUUGAAACAAAGAGAAACGAUAGGGAAGAGAAGAGUAGGCCUAUCAAAGAGGUUCACAAUUGCAUUCUUCAGACACAAGCUUGUGCAGAAGAUAUUGCCAGUGCCGCUGUAGAUAUACCAUCAUUGACAGAAAGGAUUCGUCUGCUGGCGGGGGAGUGCCGGCACCUGGGGGCACAGCAGUACCGAGUGACACCCCCCGAGGAGCAGAGGCAGCAGCAGGAGCGCAGGGCCUGUGAGUGGAGGAAGUUCAGAGAGGAUAUGGAGCAGUGGCAGACGCAGCUCGAACAACAGAGCAUUGAGGAGGAGAAGAAGUUUAGACAAUACUAUGCUGACCUUGAAGACAAGCUGAAGCUGGGACUAUACACGCCCGGUACAAAGCAACCAUUCGAUGGCUAGCAGAAAUUCCUCAGCCUGAGUAUACACACCCAAGUACUGGAUUCUUAUCACGUUAUACAAGUAACAAGAUGUUUCAUACUCAUCAUUCCAGAUUUAACUGAUAUCAUAAGGAUAACACAAUGUUAGGUAAUUUAACAGACACCUGUGACUGUCUGAUUAUGUAGGCAUGAUUAGCGCGCUAUGCUAGAUAAAUUUAGGCAAUAAUUAUUCAAGGGGAUGAGAACAGUGAUAUUAUGCCAUCGUAAUAUAUUUGUUUAUGUUUGCUUUCUGUUAUUGUUAUGAGUUUAUGUGUGAUUUUAUUUUAAAGUAUGUUAAAUAUAAAUGAUUC